GAUUGAGGCGUUCUAAAAAUCGCCGGAAAGCUAAGAGAAAGAGCUACAAUUCUUAUGUUGGAGCCAAAGUCAGAAUCGGACUGUAGAAGGGCCAGAAAAUUCGUUGAAGUUGCAGCACUAGUUUUAGUUAAGUUUCGGGUCAUUUAGUUUUGGGCCUGGGUCGUAUGUUUGACCCAGUUAGAUUGUAAAACGGGUUGCACUCUUUCCCCUUAGGGUAGCAGCCGCGGUACUGUUCACGAGGGGAUCACCAUUUCACAUUUUUGGAAGAGCUUGUACGUUUGAUCAUGAAGAACUAAUUCCUAGAGGUUAAUCUGCUGUAAACGGUUUCCGCCGAUACUUUGAGGUUCCAUUACUUGCAGCAGGGCUAAUGCUAUUAUGUGAGGUUUUUGGGUCAUGUGUUCCUGAUGUCACAUGGACUGUCACAGCCGCAGAACAACUCUCUUAUCAUGAGGUGUUCUCUAAUGCAUUUACUCUUUUGCUUAGAUUCUGGCGGUUUGAUAUUUUACCCAUUGAACAAGUAAGGACCAAUGCAGCAGAUCCACCACUUGGAUCUCUAUUUAGUCCUGAAUACCUUAGGAAACAGCGGUUCAUCUGGAUCUGUGUAUACACUGGAUGAGGCUUUAAUUAAACUAAAAGUGCCUGCCUGGGAUAUUCUGGAAGCCAUUCCCUAUGUGCUGGAUGCUUCUCUUAAUGCUUGUGCGCACGGAAAAAUCUCUAGCCGUGCGUUGUCAACAGGCAUCAAAGAUCUAGCCGAUUUUAUACCAGCAUCUUUAGUUGCCAUUGCAAGCUACUUUUCUGCCGAAGUUACAAGGGGCGUAUGGAAGCCAGCUUUCAUGAAUGGAGUUGAUUGGCCUAACCCUGCUGCAAAUUUAUCCAUUGUUGAGCAACAGAUAAAGAAAACUUUAGCAGACACAGGUGUUAAUGUACCAAGCCUUGAUGCUGAUGGAGACUCUCCGGCUAAACUUCCUUUGCCUUUGGCAGCUUUCGUAAGCCUGUCAAUAACAUACAAACUUGACAAAGGCAGAGGGAGAUUCCUUGUCCUGAUUGCCCCAGUUCUUACUGCCGUUGCUUCUGGUUGCCCCUGGCCCUGCAUGCCCGUAUUAACUUCUCUGUGGACCCAAAAGGUGAUGCGUUGGAGUGAUUACUUUGUGCUCCGUGCUUCCGGAACUGUCUUCCAACACAAUAGAGAUGCUGUAGUUCAACUGCUAAAAAGUUGCUUCAAAUCCACUCUUGGAUUUGGCACUACAUCUAUGAGUAAUGAUGGUGGUGUUGGGGCCCUUCUUGGUCAUGGCCUUUCUUUCCAAGUUGCCAGGGGGGUUUCUCCAGUUGCUCCAGGGAUUCUUUACUUAAGAGUGUACCGGUCUAUUGGCGAUAUCACAUUUUUGAACAAAGAAAUCAUGUCCAUUCUAAUGCUUUCAGUUAGAGACUUGGUAAGUAGCGAGUUAUCUAAAGGCACUAUAAAGAAAACCAGAUAUGGAAUGCAAUGUGGACAUGUUUCUUUUGUCAGAUACAUGGCAUGUGCCAAGCAUGCUGCAUUACUUGGGGCUUCUUUGAUCUGGAUAUCAGGUGGUCAAAAAUUGGUUCAAUCAUUGAUGAUAGAUACUGUUCCUUCCUGGUUUUUAUCAGCUAAUAAUUUGGAGCAUAAUGGUGAACAGCCUGGAUCUCUGGUUGCUAAGCUUAUCGGCCAUGCACUGGCGUAUUUUGUUAUGCUUAGUGCGGCAUUUGCAUGGGGUAUUGACCAUUACUCAGUUCCACCAAAUCAACGGGCAUUGGUUAUUGGGAUGCAUUUAGAAUUCCUUGCAAGCAUCCUGGAGAAGAAUAAAUUACUAUGUUGCCAUCAUGCUACUUGGCGAGCCUAUGUGUCAGGUUUUUUGAAGCUGAUGGUGGGUUGCACUCCAAUGUGGGUCCAAGAAGUUGAUGUGCAAUUGUUGAAGAGACUGAGCCAGGGAUUAAGACGAUUGAAUGAGGAUGAGUUGGCUCUUCGCCUUUUGGAAGUUGGAGGGAUAGGCGUCAUGGGUGCGGCAGCUGAAAUGAUUAUAAAUUUUGAACGUAGGUUGUAAAUCUAUCAGAACUGACUAUACAGAGUAAUACCUUUUAGACGGAUGUUAGUAAUCUUUACUUUAAGAAACAUUAGUGGUUUAUAUAAGUUGCAAUAAAUUCCUAGUUGCAUUAAACAAUUAUAAAGGUUUUAUUUUCAAGCUGGUGCAGUGACUACUUUUCUGCCUAUUUCAGUAAACUUCUAGUCAAAUGGCUUUUAUUCGGGUAGUGUGUUUUUCGGUAAUUUGUCGAUAUCGAUAUCUUUUACUGUAAUUAUUUGGAGUGUGACUUGUACUAUAUGCAAACAAAAAAAUAUAUGAAUAUAGGGAUGCUUAAUUCCAUGAAGCUAUAUGGUUGAAUCUCCUUUCAUUAUUUUUUUUCUUUACAAUCUUAUAUGGUGUCAAUUGACAGCAUCAACGACCAUAGCGGGCACUAAGGAACAUUUAUGGUACCCUGUUAUGGAUGGACUUUGCACGGGAGGUUACUUAACUAUUUUAUCAUACAAUUACCAACCUGAUUUUACAAGGAAAACAGAUAAGAGUAAACUUUUGUCCUUAAAUUAAUUUUAUCU